AUGGUUGAUGUUGAACAACAAACGGUAUACCCUGAAGGGUAUAAUAAAGAUGAUAUGAUUUUACAAAAAAGAUUAAUGACUCCAUUAUUAUCUAAAAAAGUCCCUCAAAUACCCAAUCAAGAUGAAAGAAAAAGAUAUCCUUAUAUGCAUUCAAAUUAUAUAUCAAGAAUUUUUUUUUGGUGGAUAAUACCUUUAUUAAAUAUUGGUUACAAGAGAACUUUAACUUCAAAUGAUUUAUAUAAAUUAGAAGAUGAUAUGUCAAUAAAUCAUACUUAUCCAAUUUUUGAAUCUCAUUUAAAUAAAAUUGUGGCAAAAUCAAGAUCUAAAGCUUUGAAAAAAAAUCCAAAUUUAACAGAAGAAGAAUUAGAAAACAUACCAUAUCCAAAAUAUUCAUUAGUUAAAGCAUUAUUCCUUACUUUUAAAGUUAAAUAUUCAUUAGCAAUCAUAUUUAAAGCAUUAGCUGAUAUUGCACAAACUUUAAAUCCAUUAUUAACAAAAGCUUUAAUCAAUUAUGUUGAAGAACGUGUUUAUAAACCUUCAACCCCAUUAGGUAAAGGUAUUGGUUAUGCGUUUGGUGUUGCUUUUGUUCUAUUGGCAAAUGGUAUAUUGAUAAAUCAUUUUUUACAUAAUUCUUUAACAACAGGUGCUCAUUGUAAGGCAAUUUUAACUACAGCUUUAUUGAAAAAAUCUUUCAAUGCAGAUGCUAAAACAAGACAUACUUAUAAUGCUGGUAAAGUUACUUCUUUAAUGGGUACUGAUUUGGCAAGAAUUGAUUUAGCUGUGGGGUUCCAACCUUUUGCUAUUACAUUCCCAUUACCUGUUAUUAUUGCAAUUGUCUUAUUAAUUGUUAAUAUUGGUGUUUCAGCAUUGGCGGGUAUUGCAAUUUUCAUUAUAUCAAUUGCUAUAAUUGGUGCAAGUGCUAAAAGAUUAUUAUUAAUGAGAAAAUCUGCAAAUCAAUAUACAGAUAAAAGAAUUGGUUUCAUGAGAGAAAUUUUACAAUCAAUGAAGAUUAUUAAAUUUUAUUCAUGGGAAGAUGCUUAUCAAAAAAAUGUUACUGAACAAAGAAAUAAAGAAGUUUCAAUUAUUUUUAAAAUGCAAACUAUAAGAAAUUUCUUAAUGGCUUAUUCUGUCACAUUACCAACUUUUACUUCAAUGGUUGCCUUCUUAGUGCUUUAUGGUGUUAAAAAUGAUCGUAAUCCUGCAAAUAUUUUUUCAUCAUUAAGUUUAUUUAGUGCUUUAGCAAAUCAAGUUUUAAUGUUACCAAUGGCUUUAGCAACAGGUGCAGAUGCAAUGAUUGGGAUUGGUAGAGUUCGUGAAUAUUUACAAUGUCCAGAUGGUAAACCUUUAGAAAAUAAUGAAGAUUUUGACAAUAAUGAUGGUUCACAAAUGAUUAAUGAAAAAUUAGCUAUAAAAGUUAAAAAUGCAUCAUUUGAAUGGGAAGAAUUCCCAGAAGUUGAAGAAAUUAAACCAAUUGGGAAAGAAAAAAAGGGUCUAAGAUCAAGAUUUCAAAAAAAGAAGAAAGUUGAUGAAUUAGAUGAAAAAUCAAAUGUCAUUUUGGAAACUUCAACUUCAACUGAUCAAUCAUUGAAAACUAAUGAUCAAGAAAUCAAUUCAGAUCCAGAAACAACAGCAGCUUAUACCAAAAAUGUUUUCAAAGGGUUCCAUGAUAUAAAUUUUGAAAUUAAAAAAGGUGAAUUCAUAAUUGUUACAGGUCCAAUUGGUUCAGGUAAAUCAUCAUUAUUAACCGCCCUAUCAGGAUUUAUGAAGAAAACUCAAGGUAAUUUAGGUAUAAAUGGUUCAUUAUUAUUAUGUGGUCAAUCAUGGGUUCAAAAUGCUACUGUUAGAGAAAAUAUUCUUUUUGGAUUAGAAUUUGAUGAAGUUCGUUAUAGACAAGUUUUAAAAGUUUGUGCAUUAACUGAUGAUUUAAAAAGUUUUACAGGUGGUGAAUUAACAGAAAUUGGUGAACGUGGUAUUACAUUAUCUGGUGGACAAAAAGCUCGUAUUAAUUUAGCUCGUGCAGUUUAUGCAAAUAAAGAUGUUUUAUUACUUGAUGAUGUCUUAAGUGCAGUUGAUGCUCGUGUUGGUAAACAUAUUAUGGAUAAUUGUUUGGUUGAUUAUUUACAUGGUAAAACAAGAAUCUUAGCAACUCAUCAAUUGUCUUUAGUUAAUGAUGCUGAUAGAAUUAUUUAUUUAAAUGGUGAUGGUACUAUUAAUAUGGGUACUGUUGAUGAAUUAUUAGCAACAACUCCAGGUUUUGUUACAUUAAUGGAAUAUAGUAAAAAAUCUCAAGAUGAAGAAAAUUCUGAAGAUGAUGAUGAUGGAAAACCUGAAGUUAUAGGUGAAGCUGAUGUUACUUUACAAGCAACUAAAUCAAAUACAGUUAGUGAAAAAGCUGGAAAUGCUGAAACUGGUGCAUUAAUUAAAGCUGAAGAAAAAGCUGUUAAUCAAACAUCAUGGAAAGUUUAUUUAACUUAUUUAAAAGCUGGUAAUGGUAUCUUUGGAAUUUUUGCAAGUCCUUUAGCUAUAUUAUCAUUAGUUAUUGAAGUUUUCUGUGGGUUAUUUGUUAAUGUUUGGUUAUCUUUCUGGAUUGAAUAUAAAUUUAAAACAAGAAGUGAUGGAUUUUAUAUUGGGAUUUAUGUUAUGUUUGUGUUCUUAUAUACGGGUUUUAGUUCAUGUACUUUUGUUUUAAUGGGUUAUAUUACAAUUUUUGCUGCAAAAGUUUUAAAUUUAAGAGCUAUGCAAAAAAUUUUACAUGCACCAAUGAGUUAUAUUGAUACUACACCAAUUGGUAGAAUUAUGAAUAGAUUUACCAAGGAUACAGAUGCUUUAGAUAAUGAAACUGGUGAACAAAUUAGAUUAUUUUUACAUCCAACAUUUUCAGUUGGUGGUAUUUUAAUUAUGUGUAUUAUUUAUUUACCUUGGUUUGCAAUUGCAAUCCCACCAUUAGGUGUUGUUUUCGUUUGUGUUACAAAUUAUUAUCAAUCAUCAUCAAGAGAAAUUAAAAGAUUAGAAGCUGUUAAAAGAUCAUUUGUUUAUAAUAAUUUUAAUGAAGUUUUAGGUGGUAUGAAUACUAUAAAAGCUUAUAAUGCAAGUGAUCGUUUUAUUUUGAAAAAUUCAGAAUUAUUGGAUAAUAUGAAUGAAGCUUAUUUCUUAGUUAUUGCAAAUCAAAGAUGGAUUUCAAUUCAUUUAGAUGCAGUUGCAUGUGUUUUAUCAUUAAUUGUUUCAUUAUUAUCAGUUUCAAGACAAUUUAAUAUUAGUCCAGCUUCUGCAGGGUUAGUUGUUACUUAUACAUUAAAUAUGGCUGGUUUAUUAUCAUUAAUUUUAAGAGCUUAUACACAAGUUGAAAAUGAAAUGAAUUCAGUUGAAAGAUUAUGUCAUUAUGCAAAUGAUUUAGAUCAAGAAAAUGCUUAUAGAAAACCAGAAACUCAACCUUCUUCAAAUUGGCCAGAAUUUGGUUCAUUAAAAUUUCAAAAUGUUUCAUUACGUUAUAGAGAUGGAUUACCUUUAGUUUUGAAAAAUUUAAAUGUAAAUAUUAAAGGUGGUGAAAAAAUUGGUAUUUGUGGUAGAACAGGUGCAGGAAAAUCAUCAAUAAUGACUGCAUUAUAUAGAUUAAGUGAAUUAGCUGAAGGUGAUAUAAUUAUUGAUGAUAUAAAUAUUAAACAAUUGGGACUUUAUGAAUUAAGAUCAAAAUUAUCAAUUAUUCCUCAAGAUCCAGUAUUAUUUCAAGGUUCAAUUCGUAAGAAUUUAGAUCCAUUUGAUGAACAUGAUGAAGAUAAAUUAUGGGAUGCAUUAAGAAGAAGUGGAUUAAUUGAAGAUGAACAAGUUUUAGAAGUUAUUAAAAAACAAGAUAAAUUGGAUGAAAAUUUCCAUAAGUUCCAUUUAAAUCAACAAGUUGAAGAUGAAGGUGCAAAUUUCUCAUUAGGUGAACGUCAAUUAUUAGCAUUAGCAAGAGCAUUAGUUCGUGAUUCAAAGAUUUUAAUUCUUGAUGAAGCUACGUCAAGUGUUGAUUAUGAAACAGAUGCAAAGAUUCAAACCACGAUUGCUAAUGAAUUUAAAGAUUGUACAAUUUUAUGUAUUGCACAUAGAUUAAAGACAAUUUUAGGUUAUGAUCGAAUUUUAGUUUUAGAACAAGGUGAGAUUGAACAAUUUGAUGAACCAGUAACCUUAUUUAAUGAAGUUGAUGGUAUUUUCAGACAAAUGUGUGAUAGAUCUGAUAUCAAGAGUUCUGAUUUCCUCAAAGAUUCGUAUGUAUAUAAUAGUUCAUAG